CCCGCCGUAGCUAUGCAGCCGUCUGGAGUGUCACCGAGGAAGGCAUCAAUUGGCGGGAGAAUGCGGUCGUUCUUACAGUCGUUGGGUGGUCUGGCUGGCUCUGUGUCGCCGAGUAUGGGAGAAACGCUGGAGCACUGGGGCGAGUCCCUUCAUUCAAGUCCGUCCAUGCAAACUGACCCACUUGCUGCCCACCGCAGUGCCCUUCACAUCUACAGACAGGCGCUGCAGGUGCUGCUUGAGGAAGGGAUUGCAUUCAAGAGAGUCGUCGAGGCGGCAAAUGAACUCAGGGCGGCCAAGCUCCACACGUCGCUGCACAACUUCUACGGUGUGGCAACAGGGAUGGGUCACAAGAAAAUCGAAUGACACUCAUAUGUUUUGGCGCGUGAUCAGGCGAAGGUAUAUUGGAGCAGGCGUGCACGGCAUAUGCUGACGCUGUGAGCAUUGCACAGUACGAGCGUGCACCUUCCUUACUCGUUUGCGGUGUCCUGUGUGCAGCAUUUGCAGUUCAUACCGACAAGUAGACUCAAUAGCUUCCCGCUGAUAUCAUGUGACCCAUGAAUGCUGGUCUGCCCGUCCUUUUGCUCGCAUCUCAGGAACGGUGGUCCACAGCGAUCUUGAACACCUCUGCACUACAAUCCAGCACAAGAUGGACACCAUCGACAAGAGUGAGUAAAGAAAACCAGCGUGAAGGAAUGCAUUUGUGUCUGCCGUCAUCCAACGUGACGUGGCCUCAGUCAAGGUGAAGUUGGAGAGACGGGACAGAGCAUUUGAGCAGCUGGAGGAACAGCGACGAAGGGUGAGCCCUGCGAACAAAUAGAAGUACAUGCGCUGUCUUGUGUUCAAGACACAUGUGCAUGCAGGUAGACGACUUGCGGGAGAAGGCCGCGCGAGCAGCGGACGCCCAAAGACAUUCGGUCGCUGGUGCACCGACAGCGGGAGAGCCCGCCGAACAAGAUGCAGCCAACAACCGUGAGUACAUAAAACCACCGACGUGGCCAUUCAUUUGUUAACUGCGUUUCGUGUCCGAUCUCAGGCCGUGGGUCAGCCACAGUUACGGUGAACGUUACAACGACGAGUGGCGGCUCGUCUCCGUCUGAUAAGGAGGAAGGCCGCCUAGCGACCAUGACGGCAGCAUUCGACGAGAUGUCCAAAGACAUAAGCGACGACCUGACAGAGUUGCUCGCUGAGUGUUUCAAGUGAGCGCACUCAGAAGAAGCUUGCACGCUUAUUGUCGACCGUAUAUCGCAUCCAGUGCAUGAAUUGAUAGGUUCGUGUACACCCAUCUGGCGCAGCUACUUCGAUCGCAGACGUCCUUCUUUCACGACGGUGGUGUGGCAUUCGACUCUCUGCCCCCACAUGCAGAGCAACUCAUGAGCGGCGAUCUCGAGGACCUCCACAGAGCAGAAGAAAAGGAGAAAGAACGGCAAAGGGAGAAGGACUUGAAAGCCGACGAACACAGCGAGGAGAAAAAAGAGGAGGGAGGGGACAAGGAGGACUGAUUGACGAUAGCUUGACUCAAUGACGGGUGAUUUGUGCGAAGCUGUGGCUUGAUUGAGGUGGUUGUAUGGGUGGAUGCAGUGUAUUGAGUCUGCUUGUCUGUAAAACACGGCACGAUCAUGUACAUUAAAAUAAAUGCAAACCUAAACACUGACGGACAUACUUGGACAUCUUGUUCCCACCAAUGUCUUGCAUGUGUCUGUGGUUUCUUGUGUGAAGGAAUACGUGCUGCGUGGGACGACGCCAUUUUUGGUUAUGGGGUAAUUUGGAUUUCUCUCCGGUCUGAGCCGGUUUCCUGUUGCUUUUCUGUCAAGACAUCAUGUUUAGCAGCUCGAGAACGCCAUGUCGCCACAUGCGAUGUAUUCAUCUAC